AAGACGGCCCAGCCAAGCGGAGCCAUGUCGAGCAGUAAGAUGAACCUCACUCCGGAGGAAGAAGAGAAAUACAACCGUCUUGGGGCAGGAAUGAGAAGGGCCCAUAACCACUUCAAAGAAGAAUUUAAUUCCCUCUACGAGUUGGCCGACGCCUCAAUUGGUCAGGGAGUACCGUUAGGCCUGUACCUUCGGCAGGUGGAUAUGUUGAGAUAUCAAUUGACCGCUCACCGUCCUGCUGCAGAGCGUACGCUUUUCCCGUUUCUUGGCAAACGCAUGCCGUCGUUCAAAGAGGGCGAAACUCAUUUGAAGGCCCAUCAUGUUAUCCAUGAAGGGAUGUUGGUUCUUCAUAUCGUCGGCGCAAUGAUUGUUAACAUGUGGUCAUUUGUAUUAGGUCUUGACCAACUUGGGACCCUUGUGCAAGAAUCCAGAGGAGACCCAUCUACAUACUCCCCACAAGAAAUGCGGAAAUGUCUAGACAGUUGGCGUGGAGACCUUUUCAAACACCUGGAUCAAAAGAGGUUGAAGGUCUCUCCGGAGAAAACAUGAAAAGAUACUGGACUUUAGAUGAAUUGGAUCUACUGCCAAUGUGAUACCAAUGAGUCUCAUCGGUAACGUUGCUCUGACCGUUGCCCGAUCAUGUUUCCCGCUUGUCCAAAUAGUCGCUGCAAGUAUUCGGCCUCCGGCUUUGAUUGUAGGCAAACUAUAAUGAGACUGUCUGUGAGAUUGAAAUUAUGACCCACCGAGUGCCACACGUCCUGUUUGACAUCGACUAUCAUACAUAACUGUCGAGGUGACACGGAAGAAAUGAAGCACAUAAAA